ACCUCCAGUGGCAACAAAAACCAGCCGGUGUCUCAGACACGACUGCAGUGCUCAGAGAAGCCUCUGGAGCCAGCGGAGGAGCCAGCAUGGUGGAGUUUGCACCCCUGUUCGUGCCGUGGGAGCGCCGGCUGCAGACCUUCAUGGUCCUGCAGUGGGUCUUCUCCUUCCUGGCCCUGGCCCAGAUCUGUGUUGUCGUCUUCGUGGGCCUCCUGUUCACCAGAUACUGGUUGUUCAGUGUCCUGUAUGCGACCUGGUGGUACCUGGACCAAGAAAAGCCACGGCAGGGGGGCAGGUCCUUCCAAGCAAUAAGGCGCUGCUUCUUGUGGAAGUACAUGAGGGACUAUUUCCCUGUCUCGCUGGUCAAGACCGCCGAGCUGGACCCCUCCCGGAACUACCUUGCCGGCUUCCACCCUCACGGGGUCCUGGCUGCUGGAGCCUUUGUCAACCUGUGCACCGAGAGCACAGGCUUCCCUUCGCUCUUCCCUGGCAUCCGCCCCCAUCUGAUGAUGCUGACCCUGUGGUUCCGGGUCCCCUUCUUCAGGGAUUACAUCAUGUCGGGGGGGCUGGUCACAUCAGACAAGGAGAGCGCUGCUCACAUUCUCAACAGGAAAGAAGGUGGCAAUCUGCUGGCCAUCAUCAUAGGGGGUGCCCAGGAGGCACUGAAUGCCAGGCCCGGGGCCUACACGCUGUUGUUGCGGAACCGCAAGGGCUUCGUCAGACUCGCCCUGAUGCACGGGGCUGCUCUCGUUCCGAUCUUCUCCUUCGGGGAGAAUGAACUAUUUGACCAGGUGGAGAAUUCUCCCGGCUCCUGGUUGCGCUGCAUACAGGACCGGCUGCAGAAGAUCAUGGGUAUCUCCCUCCCGCUCUUCCAUGGCCGUGGCGUCUUCCAGUACAGCUUUGGUCUUAUACCCUACCGCCAGCCCAUCACCACCGUGGUGGGAAAGCCCAUUGAGGUGCAGAAGACACUGCAUCCCUCGCAGGAGGAGGUGGACAAGCUUCACCGGCGCUACAUCAAGGAGCUGUGUGACCUCUUCGAAGCCCACAAGCUCAAGUACAACGUCCCUGUGGACCAGCACUUGGAGUUCUGCUGAGGGCCUCCCCAGAGGCCAGGGCUGGCAUUAGGGAGCCCAGCUGGAGGUGCUGCGAUCUGAGAAGGC